GAUACAACAAAUCUCUUCUCUGAGAAUCUCUUCUUUGCAUUCACACUCUUGCUUGCUUGAGUCAUAACAUUAUCAGAACUCGUCUCCAGCUCAAGCAAGUAGGUGAUUCGUUGCUGCUACAAAAAAGAAUCUAUUGGGUUUCUGAUUUGAUUCGUCUCCGGUGGUGAAAAUGGCUUGUUCUACAGUUAAAGCUGGCUCGAUUAUUUGGGUGCAAGAUCCGGAGGAGGCUUGGUUAGAUGGUGAAGUUGUAGAGGUUAAUGGAGAAGAUAUAAAGGUCCAAUGUACAUCAGGGAAGACGGUUGUUGUCAAAGUUUCAAACACACAUCCAAAAGAUAUGGAAGUUCCACCUUCUGGAGUUGACGAUAUGACAACGCUAGCAUAUUUACAUGAACCAGGAGUCUUACAAAAUUUGAAGUCAAGAUAUGAUAUAGACGAAAUUUAUACAUACACAGGAAGUAUUUUGAUUGCGAUAAACCCAUUUAAACAACUACCGAAUCUUUACAAUGACCAUAUGAUGGCACAAUAUAAAGGAGCUUCCUUGGGAGAAUUGAGUCCCCAUCCGUUUGCAGUUGCAGAUGCAGCUUACAGACAAAUGAUUAAUGAGGGAAUUAGUCAAUCAAUCUUGGUAAGUGGUGAAAGUGGAGCAGGGAAGACUGAGACUGCUAAAUUGCUUAUGAAAUAUCUUGCGAAAAUGGGAGGUCGAGCUGUUUCUGACAAAAGGACUGUCGAAGAUCAAGUUUUGGAGUCCAAUCCUGUUCUAGAAGCAUUUGGAAAUGCAAAAACAGUCAAGAACAACAAUUCAAGUCGAUUUGGUAAAUUCGUGGAGAUUCAGUUUGAUCAAAGGGGAAGGAUAUCAGGAGCUGCUAUCAGGACUUAUUUGCUAGAGAGAUCACGGGUUUGCAAAGUGUCAGAUCCUGAGAGAAACUAUCACUGUUUUUACAUGCUUUGUGGUGCACCGCCAGAGGACAGAAGAAAACUGAAAUUAAAGGAUCCAACAGAAUUCCGUUAUCUAAACCAAUCUCAAUGUAUUAAGUUAGAGGGGGUGGAUGAUUCCAAGGAGUAUACUAAAACCCGAGAAGCAAUGAGCAUUAUUGGGAUAAGUUUAGAGGAACAGGAAGCAAUAUUCCGAGUUGUGGCAGCUAUUCUUCAUCUAGGUAAUAUAGAAUUUGUUACAGGAGAAGAACCAGACUCGUCUGUUCCAAAAGACAAGACACACCUGAAGAUUGCGGCUGAGCUUUUCAUGUGUGAUGAACAAGCACUGGAAGACUCUCUUUGUAAACGUGAAAUGGUGACACCUGAAGAAACGAUUUCCAGAUGUCUGGUUCCAAAUGAUGCGGCACUCAGCAGAGAUGCCUUGGCAAAAUUUGUAUACGCAAGAUUAUUUGAUUGGAUCGUAAACAAGAUCAAUAAUUCGAUUGGGCAAGAUCCUGACUCAAAAAACAUGAUUGGAGUGCUUGAUAUAUAUGGAUUUGAGAGUUUCAAGACAAACAGUUUCGAACAAUUUUGCAUCAAUUUGACAAAUGAGAAACUUCAGCAACAUUUUACUGCGCAUGUCUUGAAAAUGGAACAAGACGAGUACAAGAAAGAAGAGAUUGAGUGGAGACACAUUGAUUUCCCUGAUAAUCGAUAUGUUUUGGAACUUAUUGAGAAGAAACGUGGUGGUAUUAUUGCUCUUCUGGACGAGGCUUGCAUGUUAAAUUCAACACAUGUAAAAUUCUCUGAAAAGCUGUACGGGACAUUGAAAGGCAACAAGUACUUUAGCAAGCCAAAAUUAUCUCCAACUGACUUCACAAUUUGCCACUAUGCUGGUGAUGUCACUUAUCAGACCGAGCAGUUUCUGGAAAAGAACAAAGAUCGUGUUGUUGCUGAGCAUCAGGCUCUGCUAGCUGCUUCUAGGUGCACUUUUAUUGCAGGUCUAUUUCCUCCUUUAAUGGAAGAUGCUAACAAACAGUCAAAUUCCUCCUCUAUAGCUUCACAAUUUAAGCAACAAUUGGCAUCAUUGAUUGAAGGUCUUAAUACUACUGAGCCUCACUAUAUUCGUUGCGUGAAGCCCAAUAAUCUCCUUAAGCCUUCUAUCUUUGAGAACCAAAAUAUUCUGCAACAGCUACGUUGUGGGGGUGUGAUGGAGACAAUCAGGGUUUGCCGUGCUGGAUUUCCUACACGAAAACGUUUUGAUGAAUUCCUGGACAGAUUUGCAAUGAUGCCUUCAUAUUUCGUGCAGGCUGCAAGGGAAACUGGAGCCCUUCAAGCUGCGAAGAGUAAGCUUGAGAAGCAAGUGGAAGAACUCACAUGGAGACUACAGCUAGAGAAACGCACGAGGGUAGAUAACACAGCUCUUAAUCUUUCUCGGGUGCACGUGGAAGAAAGUAAAANACGAAGUAAGAUCAAGGCCACAACUGUUAUUCAGAGCCAUUGCCGUAGACGCCUGUCCGAGUUGCACUACAAGAAGCUGAAGAAAGCAGCAGUUACGUCACAAAGUGCAUGGAGAGCAAGGCUAGCCCGUAAAGAACUGCGAAAGCUUAAGAUGGCUGCAAGGGAAACUGGAGCCCUUCAAGCUGCGAAGAGUAAGCUUGAGAAGCAAGUGGAAGAACUCACAUGGAGACUACAGCUAGAGAAACGCACGAGGGUGCACGUGGAAGAAAGUAAAAAUCAAGAAAACGCAAAACUGCAAUUAGCGUUGGAAGAAAUACAACACCAGUUCAAGGAAACCAAAGUGUCGCUCUUAAAGGAAGUGGAAGCUGCAAAAAGGACUGCAGAAACUGUUCCUGUUGUAAAGGAAGUUCCUGUUGUUGACACCGAGCUAAUGGAGAAACUCACAAGUGAAAACGCAAAACUCAAGUCCCUGGUAAGUUCGCUGGAGCAGAAGAUCGAUGAAACAGAGAAAAAAUUUGAGGAGACAAAGAAAAUUAGUGAGGAGAGGCUGAAGAAGGCUUUAGACGCUGAAAGCAAAAUUAAUAAUUUGAAAACCGCCAUGCACAAUCUCGAAGAGAAACUAAAGGAGGUGAAAUUUGAGAAUACCUUUUUGAAGGAAUCUGUGUUGACCACUCCUGUUAAAACAGCAUCAGUACGUUUCCUUUCUACUCCAGUAAAGAACUUAAAAAAUGGCCUUCAUACUAGCGAAGAAAGCCAACUCAAUGGAGCGGAGUUUACAACACCGCCAAGGGUACAAGAAUCAGGAUCUGACACUAAGUCAAGGGGAUCCCAUAUUGAUCCUCAACAUGAGGAUGUUGAUGCUCUUAUCAACUGUGUCACAAAAAAUGUGGGAUUCAGCCAGGGGAAGCCUGUAGCGGCAUUUACCAUCUACAAAUGUCUUCUUCAUUGGAAAUCAUUUGAAGCAGAAAAAACAAAUGUGUUUGAUCGUCUCGUUCAAAUGAUUGGUUCUGCUAUAAAGGACGAAGAUAACGAUGCUAAUUUGGCAUAUUGGUUAUCCAAUACAUCAACCUUAUUAUUCAUGCUCCAACAAAGCCUGAAAUCUGGAGGAACGGGGGCCACUCCACUUCGAAAGUCACCUUCCUUAGUCCGAUGGAUGACCAAGGGUUUCCGUUCUCCAGCGGCUGAAGCUAUUCGACCAGUUGAUGCCAAGGAUCCAGCUUUGCAUUUCAAGCAGCAACUUGAAGCAUAUGUUGAAAAGAUUAUUGGAAUCAUUUGGGAUAACCUGAAAAAGGAGUUGAACACUUUCCUUACUCUCUGCAUCCAGGCACCAAAAACAUUUAAGGGGAAUGCGCUAAUAUCUAUAACCACUGCUAAAUACUGGCAAGAGAUUAUUGAAGGCCUAGAUGCACUGCUAAGCACACUAAAAGAGAGCUUUGUUCCUGCGGUUCUUAUUCAAAAGAUAUUCUCUCAGGCUUUCUCACUCAUCAAUGUCCAACUAUGUAACAGCCUUGUCACCCGACCAGAUAACUGUUCAUUUAUCAAUGGUGAAUAUCUAAAAUCUGGUUUAGAAAAGUUAGAGAAAUGGUGCUCCGAGACAAAAGAAGAGUAUGCUGGCUCAUUAUGGGAGGAACUCAAACAUACCAGACAAGCUGUUGGAUUCUUGCUCAUCCAUAAGAAAUACCACAUCUCAUACGAUGAGAUUGCAAAUGAUCUGUGUCCAAACCUUCAAAUACAGCAGCAUUUCAAACUAUGUACCCUGUACAAGGAUGAAAUCUACAACACAAAGAGUGUUUCCCAAGAUGUAAUUGCAAGCAUGACAGGAGUUAUGACAGACAGCAGCGACUUCUUGUUAAAAGAGGAUUCUAGCAACAUCAUUUCCUUCUCGAUCGAUGACUUAUCUAGUUCAAUGCAAGAUAAGGACUUCGCCCAAGUGAAACCAGCUGAGGAACUUGUGGAGAAUCCAGCUUUCGUUUUCUUACAAUAGUAGUAAGUAACUCAUCAGAAAAACCAAAGCUGCCCACCCUUCAAGAACACACCAUCCAGAAAGAAAAAAAACAGGAGGAAGAAUCUAAGAGAAAAUUGCUGCGAAGAGUUUUUAGAUUCGCCGAUUCGUUUAUAUGUUUAUCAUUUGUAACUCUCUCUAAUCAUCCCAGAGAUUUCAUAAAGAGUAUAUUUGUUUUUUUUUUUUUUUUGCUGGGAGUAAACAAAAAGAGACAAGCUUUUUGCUAAUGGUUUGUUCUUGUUGUGGUGCA